AUGAUAAGGGAUCGUAAAAAUCCCUAUACGAGCGCCUUCACGAGCCGUUUUACUUGUAGGUCGUUUGUAUUUGGUUUAAGUGGGGUCAGGAGAGACGGAGAUUUCGGUUUUACGAAGUUACAUUCGGGUGUUUCCGUCAACUCACACAAUAGAGUAAACACUAUUUUUCCAAUGUUGAGAUAUAACACUGAGCGGUUCUUAACCAUUUUUAGGGUUAUGAGUUUCUUCAUGUUUCAAAUGAAAGUGAAUCUUUAUGAGAAGUGUCUUAAAAAUUGUUUCGUAGGUCAGGAAAUAUUUAAAUAUUAUCUUUUGGGGAUGAUUCAAUCGGACUAUGAUAACGCUAUCAUCAAAUAUCAGAUAAUGUCCGAAUGGAUUUUAAAUGUAAUAAUUUUUGUUAUUGAUAAUGUCAAGGCGGUUAAUUCUUAG